AUGAAGAGUGUCAUUGAUGCCGACUCUUUGAAGCGAGAUUUGGAAGCCAAGCUACAGAGGCUUGUUCAGGAGGAGAGGGUAGCACAACAUCGUGCAAAUGUGGACCAUCAGCCGGUUGGGCUGUGUCCGCUUCAAGUGGGAGAGGUGCUUCACGAGGACCUGCCCACCGUCUUGCCGAAGUGGAUGCACGAAGGCCUUGGCCCAUGCAUGGCGGCCAUGGCAACGCCAUCUUUGGACAAGAAUAACUUUUCCAUUGGAACGCAAGGACAUCCCAACAGAUGCAAGCCUGCGUGUCGCUUUCAUCGGCGGAGGGGUGGCUGUCGUGAAGGCAACUCGUGCAAAUUCUGCCAUGAGUGCGUCUUCAUGGAACCAGACCCGAACUACUUGGCGCCCCUGCAGAGCUUGGGCCCAGCAUCUUCAGCGGUCAAUGCUCCAGUGCCACCCGGCGCCAUGCGGAGACCGAGCUCAGAGGGCGAAUACCCUUCCGUAGGCUCCAUCGGACAUCCCGUGUCCUGUAAGCCACCCUGCAAGUACAACUCAAAGCCGAAGGGCUGCAAGGAUGGGCUCCUCUGCGACCACUGCCACCUCUGCCGCUGGAAGCGUCAUGGCGGAGCUGGUGGAGCUGGUGCUGGUGGAGCUGGUAGAUCCAGCCCUGACAGGGAGGAGACUGUCUUUGUGUGA